UAUAUAUCAAAUCCGCCUCCGCCACUAGUCACACAAAUGAAUACAAAGCGGAAAGUCGAUAAUGGGACUGGUGUUUCGGACAGUGUCGCCGAAUCAAACGGUCAGGAUAACCUAAGUGACGAUUAUCUCUCUCCGGAAAUGCAACUUGAGGAGUCUGACGAGGGAAACCAAUCUCCCAUGCCCGACCACAAACAGAGGAAACCUGAACGCCGACAAGCUCGCACACACAGUGCAAGUCAGUCGCAGACAGUCUUGAAUACCUCUGGUCGAGAUUGGCAUUUAGCACGAGCUAGAAGCCAUGAGAUUAAGCGAUCGAGACGGACACCUUCACAUGAAUCCGAUGUCAUUACAGGUGACGUUACAGAGACACCUGAAAAGCCAGAAAAGAGCGACAAUACGCUAAGGCUCCGGCUGGAUCUAGACCUUGACAUUGAAAUUGAAUUAAAGGCCAAGAUCCAAGGCGAUAUAACUCUUUCACUGCUGCAAUGAAUUGGUUAAGUCUGAUUGUGCUCGUUGGCGCGAUGCGAAUACGGAUGAACUUAGCUUCCGUCAGCUGUUAUUGUACAAAGUUCAUUAUUUCAUGAUUUCCUCCAUGUCCUGGAAGGAAUAUGUAAAAACUAUCAAUAUUUGGUUAUCUAUACUUGAUCAGAAGAUGUAUCCAUCAUUCAGGC